GUACGUCACUCCAAUGACGCUACAACUUACGUCUCGCGAGAUUGCGCGUAGUUUCCCAGACAUCAGUGUGGUGUGGUGUGGCGUGUGCGCGAUAGAGACAAGGAAAGAUGGCGACGCAGGAGAGCGAAGCGACUAAGGCUACCGUGAGCAACGGCGAGGUGAGCAGCAAUGGAACCACUGCAGCAACAGAUGGCCAGGUGCAGACGGCUGAAAACGCACAGGACCCUCAGCAGCAGCAGCAACAGCAGCAGCAGCAACAAGCACCUAAUGCAUGGCAGGUCAUUAAAGGAGUCCUCUUCAGAAUCUUCAUAAUCUGGGCGAUCAGUAGCUGGUUCCGCCGGGGGCCGUCCACGCCUGACCCCAACACGCCAGCAGGGGCACCCAGGGUACCCAGCAGGAACCUCUUCCCCAAGGACACCCUCAUGGACCUGUACGUGUACGUGUCCCAGGAGGAGGUCUUCACUGACUUCAACAACACAGAGUCCCUGUUCUGGUUCCACAGGGACCUGGUCUAUGGAGACUGGAACAUGGGAGAGAACGGGGACGGCUGCUACCAGCAUAAUAUGGAGAUGGACAUCCCAGAGAAAGUACAGCAGAACGGUUCCCUUUACAUUCACGUCUACUUCACUAAAAGUGGAUUCCACCCAGACCCCAAACGCAAGGGGCAGUAUCGCAGACUAGCAACAGUUCACGCAACACGAAUGCUGAAUAAAUUUAAACGAAGAAAGUUUCUGAAGACCAAGAAUCUGCUAACAGGAGAAACAGAAGCAGAUCCAGAAAUGAUCAAGCGAGCAGAGAGCCACGGUCCAGUGGAGAUUAUCUCUCAUUGGCACCCCAACCUCACCAUCAACAUGGUAGAUGACCACACGGCCUGGGUCAAAGGCUCUGUGCCCCCUCCUCUAGAUCAACAUGUUAAGUUUGAUGCUGUAAGUGGCGACUACUACCCCAUUGUGUACUUCAAUGACUACUGGAACCUUCAGAGGGAUUACUAUCCCAUCAACGAGACCCUGACAAAACUCCCACUGCGCCUCACCUACUGCCCACUGUCACUGUGGCGCUGGCAGCUUUAUGCUGCCCAGAAUGCUCGCUCACCAUGGAAUUUCCUGCCUGAGGACACCUACGAGCAGUCUGAUGAGGACCAAGACUCUGUCAAGGUGGCCCUUUUGGAAACCAACCCAUACCUGCUUGGACUCACCAUUGUUGUCUCCAUUGUGCACAGCAUCUUCGAGUUUCUUGCCUUUAAGAACGAUAUCCAGUUCUGGAACAGCAGACAGUCUCUAGAAGGUCUGUCUGUGCGCUCCAUCAUAUUUGGAGUUUUCCAGUCUCUGGUCGUGCUGCUGUAUAUACUCGACAACGAAACCAACUUUGUGGUGCAGGUCAGCGUCUUCAUUGGCCUCCUUAUUGACCUGUGGAAAAUCACCAAGGUCAUGGAUGUCAGAUUGGACAGAGAGAACAAAAUCGCAGGGGUAUUCCCAAGAUUGGUAUUCACAGACAAGUCAACAUAUGUGGAGUCUUCAACCAAAAUCUACGAUGAUAUGGCCUUCAAGUACUUGUCGUGGCUGCUCUACCCACUGUUUGGCUGCUAUGCGGUCUACAGUUUAUUGUAUGUAGAGCACAAAGGCUGGUACUCGUGGGUACUCAGCAUGCUCUAUGGCUUCUUGUUAACCUUUGGUUUCAUUACGAUGACGCCGCAGCUAUUCAUCAACUACAAAAUGAAGUCUGUGGCCCACCUCCCAUGGAGGAUGCUCACCUACAAGGCUCUCAAUACCUUUAUUGAUGACCUGUUUGCCUUCGUCAUCAAGAUGCCCAUGAUGUACAGGAUAGGAUGCCUCAGAGAUGAUGUGGUGUUCUUCAUCUACCUUUACCAGCGCUGGAUCUAUCGGGUCGAUCCCAACAGGGUCAACGAGUUUGGCACCAGUGGAGUAGACCAUGACCAGAACAACACAACAGCGGGAGACUCCCCUCCCGCCGUGGCCGCCGCCAUCACAGAAAAACCAAAGGGGGAGAAGAAGAACGAUUAAGCAAGACCACGCCCUUAUCUGCCUCCCUGGCCCUCACUGCUGGGGCUAAGAGGACUUGUGGAAUUUUUAGGCAGGGAGGGGAGUUGUCGUUUAGCUGUCACGGACGCCGCUACAGAAAAAAAAAUAUAUAUAUAAUGCAGUUCAACUGUUCCCUCUGAUUUCUGUGUGGAUCCACAGAGACUCAUGUUCAGUGUAGACUUGGUAAAUUCUUCUUUCUGUUUCCUGCCCAUUCCCGCCCUCUCGUUUUGCAGUUCAAGUGAAGUAAAACAAAACGUGAUGUACUGUAUUCUGUAUGAUUUCUCAGAGGGUAACAGUGUCUUGGAAUAGAGGUUGGGAGGGAAACGGGUCGCAAUUAUACUAUAUCUUUUUUUUAAUACAGGGAAGAAAGAGGCCAAGUGCAACUUUUGUUCUUUGUGUAGAUUCCUUGUGAAAUUUUCUUUUCAUUCCAUGUGAGCGCCAUGUUUCGGGUUGCCUAGAAACUGGUGAGUAGUGCUGGAGGAAACUGGAAAGGUCCUGAGUCACAACGGAGGAUGAAGAAGAGAGGUGGUGACUGGAGACGAGAUGGAUGAACGUGCAAGACAGUGACUACUACCCUCAAUUUUAAACAAAUGGUUAAUGUUCUAAACUUGAACAUAAAAAAUAACAGCCUUGUUGGUAUUAAUAUAAAUAUAUUAAUAUUGUCAAUGACUUAAUUUUUGUUUUUCAGUCACUGAAACGUUCUUUUGUAUGUCCUCAGACUGUACAGAAUCUCAGCUUGUCAUGUUAAUAAUACAGAUGUCAAAACUGUCUAGCAAUAGCUAAUCUGCAAGUCUAAUUUUUACCCCCCCCCCCCCCCAGCCGGAUGUCUGAUUUUCAAAUUGUGUCACGCUCCAAGCCAGAUCGCCUUGACAGACACAGUGGAGAUGGUCAGGUGUGUGCUGGAAGAAUUACAGUGUCUCUUGUUUUUAUUUUGAGUGCUGUAAAUCCUGAAACAAAGAGGGUUCCAUGUUGGCACAUAUUAAUUUGAGCAUUCAUGUUUAUAGUAAAACUUAAGUGUGAUUUAAAA